AUGAGUCACCAACCUAGCAAGCGUCGUCGCACCGAUGCAGCUGCCGCUCUUUCCAAACCAUUUAAAUCCCCACUGCGCAGACCUGUGCCGACAAGCACCAACGACUUACCAUCUACACCUGUUGCAUCCAAGACUCCCAUCGGCACACAAGUCUCAGCGACUCCUACUACACCUCGGGAGCCCCAACUGGACCCGAAUCCACCCCACCCCGCAACUCCAGUACCUUCUCAGCGCAAGCGCAGUCGUUACUCAUUAGAAACACCGCUAGCACCUCCGGACCCAGAGGUCCUGGAACUGCAAAAGCAACAAAGAGCACUCCAGUCCCAGGUCGACGCACUCCGCGCAAAACUGGAAACAGCAAACCAAGCACUGAAACUCGAGUCCUCGACCAAGACAACCGAGCUGCAAACCCUUAUCUCGAAAUGGCGGCUCGUCAGCCAAGAUGCAGCAGAUGAGGUGUUUGUCGGUGCUAAGGAGCGGGUGUCUGGAAUGGGAGGUCUGACGGCCUGGAAAGCGCGUUCGAAGGCUGAUGCGUCCCGGUGGGAUUUCGAUGGUGAAAGACAUGAGCGGGAGCAUGCUGAUGAUGAUGAAGCGGGUUAUGACUAUGCAGAGUCAUCUGAAGGGCUGCAGGAUGAGAAGGAUGAUGCUGAGCAAGGCGCGGAGGGGGGUCAAGAUGAGGUAGGUUGA